AUGCAUAGUAGACAACAUGUUUCAAUAAAGAACCUUGAUUAACCCAAAUUGGAUUCAACUCAAGUUCGUCGUAAGAGUUGUGUUUGUGAAUAUUGUGGGACUACAGCUCUGAAAGAAGAUCGUCUACCAAAUUAAUUAUGUGAAAUAGCCUACCACAAAUAAGAACGAAUUGGCUGA